CGUCCUGUAUACGUCGUGAACGCGCCUCGUCUCUGCAGAGCUCUGUCCUCUCGUGCGUGUUUCAGUUUGACGUUCGGACUUCUCCAACUCAACUCCAGAGAGCGUUUUCAACUUUUCUCAUCUUUCUGCAUCAGAGACACACUACUCAAGGUCCACCAUGGGUAACAUGUUCAGCAAGAAGAAGGUGGCUCCACCAGCCCAAGCUGAAAGCCCUAAAGAGGAGCAGAAAGAAGGGGAAAGUGUGCCAGAGAGCCAGGAGGCACAACCUGUCACUGCCCCUCCAGAGGCACAGCUGCCCCCCACCACUGAGCCCACCCCUCCAGAGUCUGAUGGAGAACCGGCUCCUGCUGCUGAGGUCCAGCCCGCACCUGACCAAGCCCCGGCUGUCCCUGACCCUGUCCCAGAGCCUGUCCCAGAGCCUGUCCCUGAGCCAGAGCCUGUCCCCUGCACAGUCCCUGAGGUGGUCCCAGAACCAGAACCAGUCCCUGCUCCUGUGCCUGAGGUUGGCCCAGAGCCCAUCCCAGUACUAGAGCCUGUACUGUGUAACCUGCCUGCAGUAGAACCAGUGCUGUGCCCUGAGCCGGAGGUGCUCCCUGUACCUGUCCCAGAACCAGAAGCCCUCCCUGAACCAGAACUAGAGCCUGUGACAUGCCCAGCCCCAGAGGAGGUGCUUGAACCAGAGCCUGUCGCAUGUGCAGUGCCUGAGGAGGUGCUUGAACCAGAGCCUGUCCCAUGUGAGGCACCUGAGCUCCUCCCAGAGCCUGAAGCUCUCCCCUCCAUAGAACCUGUUCCAGACGUCAUGCCCAUGGAAAUCCCAGAACCCGUUGCAUGUUUCAAAUCAGAGCCUCUGGAGAUGUUUGUGCCCGAGAUAAUCCCAGACACAGACCUGCUGACCCCCGAUGCUGCCCCUGAACCCACCCCUCUGUUAGACCUCAUUGCUGACCCGGAGCCCAUCCUGUGCCAAGUCACCUCCGAGACUGUAGUUGUAAACGACGACAGUGAAGAAAACAUGAGCUCACUGUUAAAACAGCUGGAGCUCAAAGAGAACGGUGUUGUGCCUGAUUGCAUUAUGAAUGACGUGACGAUUCCCGAGCCUCUCCUCUCCUCCUCUGAUCUGCUCAUGUGAAUCCACAAGUAUGCCAUAGACAUUUGGGAUGAAGCCUCGAAACCUUACAUCAAUCCUGACAAUUACUGACUUAUAUUUUUGUCACCUAACGUGGCCUACUAAUUCUAUAACAAUUUUAUAAUCAUAAUUGUUGUUGGCUUAACAGUAUGAUCAGGGAUGAUGACAGUGUUGGACAAUAGAGAUUGCACUCUCUGCAAAUAACUUCAGCAAAUUCCAGAAGCAGAUGAGUAAAGUGAAUCUAAUGUCACUAUGCAAGCCUCCAUACAAAAACAUAAAAACAAAUGUAAGGGAAAUGAUCUAAUGUGAUUCUUGUUCUAAGUGAGUGCAUUGUUUUUGGUGGAUAAGCAUAAUAAUGUACUAAAUGUGGAAUCGAAUGAUAGAAAAAGGGAGUUGCUGUAUCAACAUCUGGCCUGCAGUUCAAUGUACGUGUUUGGUCUUUGCAAUGUCCCCAAAAGUCGGAUAUCAUUUUCUAUUUUCAUAAGGGAUGAUUAAUUGCGUGGUUGCUUGCUUGCUUGUAAAAAUAAAAUGUGCAAAUAUUUGGAAACAAUUUUGUGUUUACAUAUAUGUAUAAAAUUACUAAAUAUUUGUAACAUGCAAUAACAAAACAUAAUAAAUGGAGUGUAAUGUAUUAUGUAAUUCUCCCUAGAUAACAGAGCUUUGUAUUCGGCAGCAGUGUGCAUGCCAAGUAGAACUGUAGUGGCAUUCUGACGUCUCACAGCAGCACUACACACAUGGACUGUAUGGGACACAAUGUACAUAUGGAAAUAAAAUGGCAGCCAGCGUAAAUCUG